AUGAAUCUUCUCUACGUCGUAGCCUUAGCUGCUCUUCCCUCGUCGAUGGUAAAUCGUCGUUGAGUUUAAAUGGCUAAAUAGUUAAAAUAGAGAACGAUCGAUGGAAGUUUUAACGUGUUCUUCGAUCAUAUGAAUUAUGGCUUAACAAUAAAUAAUGUCGUUAAAAAAAUCUUGGCAGAAUGCAGAUUUCUACGCAUUUAUGGUGAAAAUAUUGAACUUGUGAUAUUGAUGAACGAUUUAAAUUUAUUGGAACAUUCACUGUACUAUCGACGUUGGAAUGUUAAUCAUUUCAGUGCAAGAAAGAUUACCUUUACAGGCCGGUUGGCAGCAAAGAUUGCGCGCAAGGAGUCGCUGUCGCUGAAGCUCGCCCUCAGGCCAGACAGGCAGGAGCUCAUCAACAGGAAUAUCCUUCAGCUACAGACGGACAAUGAGAGGCAGGAAACGAAGGAAGCAAUUGGUGCCAAGCUCAUCAGAGCAAAGUCCUGCAGAAGAGAAGAAACAAAAAGAGGAGAAGAAGCGGUAUCUGCUGCGGAAGCUCAGCUUUCGACCGACCGUCGAGGAGCUCAAGGAAAAGAAGAUUAUCAGGUUCAACGAUUAUAUCGAAGUCACGCAGGCUCACGACUACGACAGAAGAGCUGAUAAGCCGUGGACGCGGUUGACCCCUAAGGACAAGGCAGCCAUCAGGAAAGAGUUGAACGAGUUUAAAAGUUCGGAGAUGGCCGUUCAUGAAGACAGUCGACACCUCACC